AAGUAAUCGAAUAUUCUCAAGUCAUAGAUCAUAGAUCGGACCGAUAACUUUAUGUGGUUUUAACUAUAUCAGAUUUAUUAAAGUAAGCAAAAGAAAUGUAAGAAACGAUAAAGGAAUGUAUCAAUUAGGAGAAUUCGUUCCUUUAUUUAUUUUUUUUUCUUUUCAUUCCAUAUUGAAGAGAUUCUUUGCUAGCAAUGCUUAAUGUUUCGUUCCAACAGAUUACUCGAAAUGUAUGCUCCUGCUCCGGUGGCAGAAGACGUGUGCUGUCCAAAUUAAUGAACAUAUAUAAGUACAUGAAUUGUUUUGUUAAAACCUACGAAGUAAGUAUGGUAUCUGAUUUCUCAUACAAUACCUGAAUGCAAGGUAUAUAAAAGCACAUUAAAGGACAUGAACACCAUGCCACUAACAUGACAUUUCUUUUGUUUUUAAUAUGCUAACUUUUAAUAGACGUACAGUACAAAUGGAAAAGAAUGCAAUUUCAGGAUUUCUGGAGCCAUAGAGAUCAAACCAUUUCUUUUAUUCAUAUCGUCUACGCCGCCGUUAGAACGAAUUUGAAACCGACGAUUCACUAGCUAAUUUUGGUUUCCAAACAUUUUCCAUUUAAUAGGAAAAUUUCAUAUUAUAAUCUUUUUGACCUUUUUUUUUUUUUUUUUUUUUUUCAUUGAUUGUACUAAGCCAAAUUCGUUUUCGUGAAUGCUUUCAGUUACUUAAAACAACAUUAGUGAACAAAUAUUCUCUUUUGCUUAUGAAAUUUAAAUUGAUCCUUUUUUCUUUCAAGUAAAUAUCAUGGAAGAAAGGAUUGUGCUUUUGCGAAAAGAGUUCUUGCAAAAAAUAUACCAAGACAAGCCAAAAGCAGAUACUUCUCGGACAGAAAAAGCAAAAUGGUUUGAGAAUCGAUCCGAAGAUGUUUCAAGGAUGACUAGCAUGCUCAAUGAGAACCAAGAGCAGUUGGCACCCUAUGAUAGGAUGAAGUUAAUGGAUCAACUUUCUGACUUGAUCGUACGUUUACAUCAGAUACGUUCUGAAAUCCUACCUCGUCUUCCUUUUCGUUUCCAUCGAUCCAACCACGUGCUGCAACAAACAAAAUCGUAUACCCACAAGCAAAUACGUGAAGAUACAAAGGUCAAACGAUUCGAGAAUGAGACCCUUUUCUUAUCGAACUUAUGCGACGAAAGCAUAGAUGGUAACAUAAUUGAUAACCAAGAGCAAAGACCGAUUAAAUUAAUUAUACAAGGCUUACGAGGAUGCACGGUGAAUAUUCCAUGCUGCUCCACUGUUCACAUCAAUGAAUCAGAUGAUUGUACUUUUCAUUUUCAAAGCAUUCAAGGUUCCCUCCAUAUAUCUCAUCUCGAGAAGUCACGGCUAUAUGCUUCUUGUCACCAAUUUCGUCUACAUGAAUCCAAUCAUCUCUCUAUCGAAUUACAGUGCCAAACUUCGCCUGUUAUAGAGGAUUGUAAACAUAUUAUCUUUAAGAAUCCUGGUGCACAUCCCAUUUUGGACUUCUCUUGGGCUCGACCUGAACCGUCUCCGAAUUUUCAAAUAGAAUUAUGACCCUUAUUAUCAACCAGAUGGUGUUCUUCAUAAAGUAUGUAUCAAUGAUUCCUUUCUCUCUCUCUCCUCUACUUUUCCGGUAAAAUAUCCAUCGUAACAAGUAAAUCUCAUGAACUGAAAUACUACCAGAGAUUUUUUUUAUUAUUCUUUCUUUUCAACUGCAUUCUAUUCAAUCAUUUAUCUCGCGACCAGCUUCCUAAAGAUUUCCCUCUUCCUCUCUUCGUAGAAAGUGAACCAAAAAAAAUGUUCAACAAACAUCCAUCCUUUCGACUUUGUAUAUCAUUAGUUCCAUUUCAUUUCAUUUAUUUAUUUAUUUAUUUUUCAAAACAGGAUACAGCUACCUCAAUUUUUUACUCUUUGUUUAUAAUCACG